UUUCUUUUUUUCUUUUUAACUUUAAAUCCAAUAAUCAAAUAUUAGUUGUUUGUUAAGUGAAUAUAUUUGUCUGAUUCCUUUUUAUAAGCAUCUGUAUUAUUUUUGCUCUUUUGUUAGGUAUCAUUUGGAUACUUAAAUUGUUAUGUCUUAUGUCAAAGUGUUUGUGUGCUGAUUUAUCUCACAAACCAUGGAUUUGGCUAACUUAACUAGCUUUAGCUUUAAAAUGACAUUUACAUAGUUUAAUUUGCUAGGAAGUACUAGAAGAAAAUUAUGGUUGAUUAUCUACAUUGUAAAGUCAGUGGAAAGCUAUAUGGCAUAUGAAAUUUCACCUUUGAAAGUUAUUUAUAUUUUAGAGAAUUGAUUGUUGUGGAGAUGUCUGUGUCAAAAACAAAGUAGAAGAGGCCCCAGAAAAGCGUUUUGGAUAAUUCUGCUUACCAGGCAAAACUAUAUGUUUGCCUGAAAGUUAUCCAUGUUUUACUGAUGAUUCACAUUUGUCUUUGAUCAGUACAAAAAGGGAAUAAAAAUUACUUUAUGCUAUUUUGUGCCUCAAUUGUAUAAUUGGUAUGAAGCGCAAUUAGGGGCUAUAUAAUUUCUUUAAUCACACUUAAUGCUAUAAUGCUGAAGGUUAGAUGGUUCCAGUCUUCCUUAUGACCUUGCUUUUGGAGAUAAACAUUGCGCUGGUUUUCAACUAUUUUUGCCUGGAGCCUUCUGACUCCAGGGGGGUCCUGGAUACUGUAGAACGUUCUUCUUAGCAGGUUAUUCCAUCUCUUUCCGAUUUAUUUCUUGUGCAAAUCAAAAAUCAAUUUGCAUGCCCAAGUUGGAAGAUGUCCAUACUAGAUGGAAUGGAUCUAAAUCCGUGGCCGAGACUCUUGCUAGGUGGAAAGAAUACAAUGACCACCUUGAUUCUUCUAAUGAUGACGGAAAAGCAAUUCGUAGAGUUCCAGCCAAGGGGUCAAAGAAAGGAUGUAUGAAAGGUAAGGGAGGGCCUGAGAAUUCUCGUUGUAACUACAGAGGUGUCAGGCAGAGGACAUGGGGCAAGUGGGUUUCAGAGAUUCGGGAGCCAAACCGCAGUAGUAGGCUUUGGCUAGGUACCUUUCCAACAGCAAUUGAAGCUGCUCUUGCUUAUGAUGAAGCUGCAAGGGCCAUGUAUGGAUCUGGAGCUCGCCUUAACUUUCCUAAUAUCUCUAUUUCCAAUUUAUCAAAGGAUUCUUCUACUGUUCGUGCAUUAUCAGGGUCUUCCUCAUUGGCAACUCCUGUUGGUUCCAAAUCCUUGGAAGUUUGUGGUGCCAACGAUCUGGUGGAUCCUAUUUCCGCUGAAGUGAACCAUGAAAAUGUUAUUCAUCUCGUUAAAAAAGACGGGGAUAGAGAAAGUGAAUGAAGAAUCAAUUCUUGCAUUUUUUGGUGACAUAUCUAAUUUCAUUAUAUACUUGAUUGUUGGGGUAUUUGCUUUCCUACUUGGAUGAUUUCUGACUACAGCGUAGUUUUUGCUUAGUUUGCAAGUAACGUUUAAUGUAAUUUUGACACUUAAUGGUUGGACAAGUAACUCUCUGGUUGUUCUUGUUUAAUGCCUGUAUUGAGUCCAUCCUUUUAUGAUCUUCAA